UGGGGGAGGGAAAUUGCUCACCCCCUCGUACAAAUACUCGGGCGUGUCGGAUUCGCCCACUUCCGCGCCUCUAUGACAAAACGCGCGAAUCUCUACUCAUUUAUACCGAGCCUGGAGCUAGCUGAUUACCUUGGCUUCCUUAGUUCCAGCUCUGACGAAAUCCUUCUUAUUCCUUUGACAUCCCCGCCACCGCAUAGUCCGAACCAUACUCCUACUUCGUCAUGACCGCAACAGACCAGCCCGUCGCACAACAACCAUCUCUAGCCAUCGAUCCCCCAAAGACCGAACCGCAGCCCAAAGACUCCAUGUCGCUGGCAACUCCCGACUCCGAAACCGCGCCUGCUUGUGAUUUCGACCCGACGGCGGACUUUAAGGGCGACCUGCCUGUCUCGCAAGACCUGCCCACCCAGGAAGACUUGGACAAAUGCGCAGACCUGCUUGUCCUUGACCAGAAUGGCGAAUCGCAUUCAUUCAAGAGCAUAUACUCUGGCGAAGGACAGGCGACGCGACAGAUGAUCAUCUUCGUGCGGCACUUUUUCUGUGGCAACUGCCAGGAAUUCCUGCGCACUCUCUCCGCGAGCAUAACCCCCGAAGACCUCCUCGCUCUCCCGACACCUACCUCACUCUCGAUCAUCGGCUGUGGCAGACCAGAGCUGAUCCCAAUGUACACUGCCGCAACCAACUGCCCCUUCCCAAUCUUCGCCGACCCGACCACGAAGCUCUACACAUAUCUCGGCAUGGCGCGCACUCUCUCCCUGGGCGCGAAGAGGCCUGACUACAUCAAAACAAAUAUAGUCUCGACGACGGUGCACAGCAUCAUCCAAGGCGUCAAGAGCGGACGCGGCGCGGUACAAGGUGGCGACAUCAAGCAGGUCGGUGGCGAGUUCAUGUUCGAGGACGGGCAACCGACCUGGACGCACCGGAUGAAGAACACGAGGGACCACGCGGAGAUUGAAGAGCUGAGCCGGGUGCUGGGCCUGAAGGAGCGGAAAGAGGGCCGGAGGAGGAGCGAAGGCUUUAAGGCGCUGGCAAGAAGAAGCGCCAGCUGGGAUCGCAGACCGAGGUUCGACAGGGAGAAGCGGAAGUCAGCCCCAUUGACGCCUUCGCCCGGGGUUCUCGAACGAUCUCCUGUAAGGGACCAGACGGCUAUCGCGGAAGAGCCUCCUACUUCAUGAUGAAAAUAAGGUGCAAGGGUUCUUGGCAUAGCUAUGGCGUUUAGGACUUGCUCGCGGAGUUUACGGCUGGCGUUUUCUUAGACAUUAAUUACCAGGCGACUGAGAGAUUGGAUUGUGUUUGAGCAUGGGGAUCAUUAACGGUGAUGUCAAAGCUGCGAGCUGCAGUUACGGCCGUGUAGGUAGAUCGGGACAGAAAGUACCUGCAGAUAGCAGAAAGAAUUUGGGAACGGAAACCAAUUACACAUAUUCCAGCGGCAGAUAGCUAAAUACUUAUCAUUGAAC